GGUGGCUGACUUCCGGGGCCGGUCAGUAUCAGAGUCAGUCGGUCUUGAACCACGUCUGAAUUACUGCUAGAAGCAGCCAGUAAUUCCAGGCGGAGCACUUGCAUGUGGCUGUGUCGUGUCUGACUCCGUGGUUGUUAUCAGGAGCUCAGUCUGUCGUCGCUGGUGUGAUGGAAGUGGACAAAAUGGACGAAAACGACUGGAAGUACCACGGAGAAGGAAACAAGAGUCUGGUGGUCUCACACGUCCAGUUAUCCAGAGUUUUACGUCUGCUCAAGUACCCAGCGGAAGACUCAGAAAACCCUCCACAGACAGCAGAACAAGCCUUCAGGCAGAUUCAGAACAUUGUCGACUUCAGCUCUAAUGUGAUGAGCAGGUUCCUGGGACAGAAGUUCAUCCACAGUGGGGAAGUGGUCAAGCUGCCGCUCGAGUUUGUACGACAGCUGUCAAUCAAAGUACAACAUCAAAGACCAGCGUGGCGCUGCGAUAAGGUGAUGGACAUCUACAGCGGCUGUGCUCUGUGCCUGCCCAACCUGACCUCUCCAGCGCUCCCUCAGCCAACGCACACCGCCCCACUCUGCAUCGAGAUCAAGCCUAAAUGUGGCUUUCUGCCGUCCUCCAAACACGUCAGCAAGGACAUCAAGACCAAAGUGUGCCGCUUCUGCAUGCACCAACACUACAAGGUUGCCAGUGGGAAAUGGAAGAGACGCAGCUUGUACUGUCCUCUGGACUUGUUCUCAGGGAACAGACAGAGAAUGCACUUCGCCAUCAGACACUUAAUAGAAGAACCUCAGAACAACUUCAAAAUCUUCAAGGGGGGUCAGUGUGUUUACAGCAGUAAAGAGGGCAGCGAUGACUCCGUGGACCUGAACUCUCUGCUGCACCAUCUUAGACCCUAUCUACUGCAUGGAAACAACCGGAUCAACGGCCACGUGAGCAACAAAGCCGUGCUGCACGACUUCAUCCAGGUGUUGGUGAACGCCCUGAUGGGCGGCGGAGGCGUGGGGGCGGACAGACGCGGAGAAGGACGGAGCUUCUGUGAAGCCAGCGCCUUUAACAGGGAGAGAAUCCGCCACGGCUCCCAGGGUUUACCCAGUGAAGGGGUUUUGUUCAGAAUCCUCCAAACACAGAUGUUGGACACACUAGACAUAGAAGGACUCUACCCUCUGUACCGCAGAGUGGAACAAUACCUGCAUGACUUCCCCAAGGAGAGGUCCCGUCUUCAGAUCGAUGGGCCGUACAACGAGGCCUUUCUGGAGAAGCUGCAGAAAUGUCCAAGUGAGGACGAUGGUUCUGUGGACUACGCUGCUGCCAAGGUCCAUCAGUACCGCGUUGCCAUGACGGCCAAGGACUGCUCCAUUAUGGUUGCACUGGUGCCCAGGAGUGAAGGGGAGGAUGAUGAAGGUCAGAGGUGGCUGAGGGACUUGAUUUCCUCCAGAACUCCUGCCUUCUCCUACUCCGUGUCCAUCUUGGAUCUGGACCCAAAGCCGUUUGAGAGCAUCCCGUCCCAGCUGCGUCUGGACCAGAAGAUUGUCUCCUGCUACCUGAGGACUGGUGGAGCCCUGCCAAAGAGCUCUCUGCCACCACUCCAGGAUAUCUUCACAGCUGCUGAGAGAGAGGACUGCACUUUGCUCUUCCACCCAAUGUGAAUGUCCAAUCAGAGCUGGGCGCACCUGAAAUUGACGUUGCUGUUGCCUCAAACUGAAAGUCGAGAUGCCAAGCUGACAUAGGUCUAUGAUCACCUCAGACCAGGAGGUCACUAAACUAUCAGUUUGUUACUGACUCUAGAGCUUGUGGGAGGUUGUGGGGCUCUGUAUCAUGCUACAGUCCGGUGGUGAAUUUGCAUUAUCACAGCUUUUGGAUUUAAAUGAUAGGUUCACAAACCAUAACCAGCUGAUCAGAGGCACAACCAUUCUGUUCAUUCUUACUGGUUGUCUUGGCCAUUAAGAGAUUGCUUAAAAAUCAUUUUUAAUGAAGUGUUGUUUCUGUGCAAAAAUGUCUGCCACUGUUUAAAACAAGGCAGUGGUCCAGAGUUAGCUUCCUUUCUCAGCUUUCAUUGUGUUGGAUACAUAAAACAUGGCAGGUAACCUAACCAUUACUCAAUGGGAAAGCCGACAGCUAUCGCACGCCCAAGUGUUAAAAGCAAGCAAACCUUGUUUCAGUGUUUAUAUGGAAAGUUGACUAUUAGUUUAGGUGAUUGGUGAACCUUAUCUUAAGUCUUGUAACCAGACUGAUGCGUUUGUUGUGGCAACAGGUCUGAUCCUAAAGCUAAAGCUGCAUACAGGAAACAAGAGUUAGGGUCGUCGUGCUGAGGUGCGAUGGUUGUGAUUUUCUGCAUGUGUGCAGGUGCUCUUCUCACGUGUUUGUCCAUGUUUUUUUGAGACGUUGUUUUGGUGACAUGACUGACUGAGUGGAAGCAGAACAGAGACUAUUUUGGCUUCUGUGUUGGAGAAAUCGAGUCAAUUUUAAUUUGGAUUUAGCGUUGAAAAUUAAGUCUUGUCUCGGUUUGCGUUGUGUUGCUGCUCUGCUGUUUUUUGUGUCUUAAGUGGCUUCUUGUGUGUUUAAGGUGUGUUGUCCAUGUGCCUAAAUGUUCUGAGAGGAUAAGGUGGGCUGUGUGGAAACAUUGUUACAGGCUGCAUUCACUGCUGAGGGGAGUCUUAACAGAUUUAGGCCUGAUUAGACUGAAAUCAGAUCAGCUUUGCAGGCAGCCAUGAAUUCUCAGUACCUCAAACUCCUGAUGAAAUCAAUUGAAGCUCAACAUGUUCAGGAGCAUCAGGAGGUUUGAGGAUGGUGACAUCACCUGGAGUGCAGACCCAAGUCUUCACAGGUGUGCACAAACUCUCCUGAUGAGCUCACCAUCUGCUCACAGAAAAUCCAGACAAACUGGCAACACUUGACUUCAGUUGCUCUGUAAACAGUCCAUCUUCCAACCUCCAUCAGCCCGACAGCAAAUCACACUACACUAAAACCUCAGAGGCCCCUUCACACUCCUGACUAGUGGUCAUUAGUUAACUACACCAGAGAUUGAUUUCAGUCUGAAGACUGAAGGUGCCCAGAACCAAACAGACUGCUUCCGUUGCUGGCUUCCUCUCUGAGUUGGAGGCGGUUGGAGAGUGGACUGUAAGGAACUGAAACCAUCACUGAUUGUUCACACUGUUUAAAUGAAGAAUCAACAGGCAGCAGGGUGGAGCAUCGUCAUGAAUCACACAGUCGAGGUCUGGACACAUCUACAAGAAGUCAAUACACAAAAUCUGAUUAAAAAAGUAAACAUGUUCCGUUUCCCAGGUAGAAACACAUUGUUUAGCUCUUCAUGUAAACUCCCUGCAGAUGCUGCAACCGCUCAUUCAGAUUGUUUUUAUGCGUUCAUUGACACAGACUGAUUACAUCAAUAAUGACAAUAGUUUAAACAUUGUCUAGAUCAGGUCCUCACCCACAUUGGAUCUGAUUAGUCAGAUGCCUCUGCCUCUGCCUCCACCUGCUGCCUGAGGAUCAGCCUGCAGGAGCAUCACAGCACUGUGAUACUACAGAUUUAUAAUAACCGAGUGUGUAAAUAGGUGACAGAAGGAAACUAUUUGAAAUACAAAGGCGACAUUACUGUCUGGCAUUUUGUAUUUAAAUUAUUUAUUUUUGUAGGUUCUGAUCUUGAGCUCUGCUGUUACAGCCGCCACAGUUGUGCUCUAUUGAAUAAAGAUUUCUAAGAGACUACAGCCCCAAA